AUGAAAAUUCCUUCAUUGAAAUUAACAACUGCUAGAAGUCCCUUUGUUUCAGUGAGCAAAUAUUAUUCAGGUAUGAGCAAUCAAUUUACUACCUUAUCCGAUGACAAGACCAUUGAAAAACCAUUACUUGAUGAUCGUUCAUAUAGAUUUAUUAAAUUAAAUAACAACGGGUUGAGAGUAUUGUUAAUAAAUGACCCUUCAACGGAUAAAGCAGCUGCUUCCUUGGAUGUUAAUGUCGGUUCAUUCACUGACAAAGAGUACAACAUCUCUGGACUCGCCCAUUUUUGUGAACAUUUAUUGUUUAUGGGCACGGAAAAGUACCCCAAAGAAAAUGAAUAUUCAAAUUAUUUAUCCAAACAUUCGGGUAGUUCCAAUGCAUAUACUGCUGCAGAACAUACAAAUUAUUAUUUCCAAGUCGGGGCAGAUUAUUUAGAAGGCGCAUUGGACAGAUUUUCUCAGUUUUUCAUCGCACCGUUAUUUAGCAAAUCGUGUCAAGACCGUGAAAUUAAUGCUGUUGAUUCAGAAAAUAAGAAAAACUUGCAAAGUGACACUUGGAGGUUAUACCAGUUAGAUAAAUUUACAAGUAAUUUGGCACAUCCAUACAGUGGGUUUUCUACAGGGAAUUAUCAAACAUUACACACUGAUCCUGUGGCAAAAGGAGUCGAUGUUCGUGACAUUUUGAUUGAUUUCCAUAAGCAACACUAUUCUUCUAAUUUGAUGAGUUUGGUUAUAUUGGGUAAAGAAGAUUUGAAUACAUUAACUGAUUGGGCGAUAGAAAAGUUUGCAGCAGUUCCUAAUAAGGAUUUAUCUCGACCAAACUAUAAAGGAGAAUUGGUCUAUAAUCCUCAGCAAUUGGGUAAAUUGAUCAAAGCUAAGCCAAUUAUGGACAAUCACAAAAUGGAAUUGAAUUUUUUAAUCCCAGAUGACUUGGAAGACAAAUGGGACACUAAACCAAACGGCUACUUUUCUCAUUUGGUAGGUCAUGAGAGUAAAGGGUCAAUAAUUUAUUAUUUGAAACAGAAAGGUUGGGCCACAGAUUUGUCUGCUGGUGCAAUGACUGUUUGUCAAGGUACUUCGAAUUUCUAUAUUGAAUUUCAAUUAACACCUAAAGGUUUCGAGAAUUGGCAAGAAAUUGUUGUUAUCACAUUCCAAUAUUUGAAUUUUGUCACAGACGAUGCACCUAGAAAAUGGAUUUGGGAUGAAAUUGAAGAAAUGUCACAGGUCAAUUUCAAGUUCAAACAGAAAAUGGAAGCAUCUAAGACCGUUUCUACUUUGAGUAAUAAAUUGUACAAAUUUGAUGAGUAUAUCCCAGCCUCAUAUUUACUAAGUUCAGCCAUUGUGAGAAAAUUUGAUCCAGAAGCGAUAAAAAGGUUUGGGUCUUAUUUCACGCCAGAGAAUUUAAGAAUCACAUUAGCUUCCCAAUUAUUAGCUGGGUUAAAUAAACAAGAAAAAUGGUAUGGCACCGAAUAUGAAUAUGAAGAUAUCCCACAAGCAUUAAUUCAGCAAAUUAAAUCACAACCAUAUAACGGCAAUCCGAAUUUGCAUUAUCCUCGACCAAAUAAUUUUAUUCCAACUAAUUUCGAAGUUACUAAAGCGAAACUGAAACAUCCACAAGUAGCUCCAUAUUUGAUUGAACACAAUAACAAAAUUAAUUUGUGGUAUAAACAAGAUGAUACAUUUGAGGUUCCAAAAGGUUCGAUUGAAGUGGCAUUCCAUUUGCCUAGUUCCAACACUGAUAUCAAUACAUCAGUAAUGUCAAAUGUGGCAAUUGAAUUGUUGGAUGAUGAAUUAAAUGAGUUGACGUAUUUUGCUGAGUUGGUAGGAUUAAAAGUUAAAUUACAUGCAUGGCGUGAUGGGUUUUUAAUUAAUGUCUCAGGGUAUAGCCAUAAAUUAUCUAAUUUGUUGCAAGAAGUCUUGACCAAGUUUUUCCAAUUUGAACCUCAACAAGAUAGAUUUGAAUCAAUAAAGUUUAAAUUAUUAAAGAAUCUUAAGAAUUUUGGGUUUCAAGUACCUUUUCAGCAAGUUGGGGUAUACCAUUUACAAUUAUUAAAUGAAAAACUUUAUCAACAAGAUGACAGAAUUGAAGUUUUACAAAAAGUAACAUACAAAGAUGUUUAUCAACAUUUCAAACAAAAUAUUUGGCAGCUGGGUAUUUUUGCAGAAGUUUUGAUUCAUGGUAAUUUUGACGUUGCCCAAUCAAAGCAAAUUAGAGAUAUUAUUAACGAGUCAAUGGAAAAUGUUAAACCAUGGAUGGACAAGUAUAAUGAGGAACAAUUUCAUUUACAAAGUUAUGUGUUACAACCAAAUGAAACAAUAAGAUACGAAGUGCCUUUGAAAGAUACAGCUAAUAUUAACUCAUGUAUCGAGUAUUAUAUUCAAAUCAAUACCAAUGCCGAUAGUUUGAAAUUACGUGUUUUGACAGACUUAUUUGCCACAAUAAUUAGAGAACCUUGUUUUGAUCAAUUGAGAACUAAAGAACAAUUAGGAUAUGUUGUAUUUUCAGGGACGGUUUUAGGGAGAACAACGUUGGGGUUUAGAAUUUUGAUUCAAUCGGAAAGAAAAUGUGAUUAUUUGCAGUACCGUAUCGAAGAGUUUUUAGCUCAAUUUGGGAACUAUGUUAACAACGAGUUGUCAACUGAAGAUUUCAUCAAAUUCAAGCAUGCCUUGAAAAAUAUCAAGUUGACCAAAUUAAAACAUUUGAAUGAAGAAACUGCUAGACUUUGGUCAAAUAUAAUUGAUGGAUACUAUGAUUUCGAUUCAAGAUCUCGUCAAGUUGAAAUAUUGGAAAAUAUCACCAAAGACGAAUUAGUUGAAUUUUUCAAUACUUUUAUUGCAAAAUCUGAUAAUACUGGUAAAUUGAUUACUUAUUUGAAAUCGCAAAAUCCAACCGAGUUCACGGAAUCGAAAAAAUUACAUUCAGGAAUAAUCAAUUAUUUGUAUCGUAAUCAAAUUGAAAUUGAUCAUGAGUUGAUUGAUAAUUUGGUUAAACAAUAUGGGGAACACAAAGAUUUGGUUCUUGUUGCCAAAGAAUUAUCAGAUAAUAUAAAUGUAAAUAAAGAUAAAUUAUUGAAAGUCCUUAACAAGGCAAUCAGUUAUCCAGUCCCUGAAAUCUAUCCAACUGGUAAAUUGGUUGUCAAUGAUGAGGAGUUUAGAAAGAAUCGUGAACUAAGUGGCAAACCAAAACCAGUAAAUGCAUUAACAAAAUUUUUGUAUAAUGAACAAUCACAUUUAUAG